AUGGCAUCCGACCUCCUCGCCGGGUUUCCGGCCCAAGCCCCAGCUAAACCGUCAACCAAACUCCGAUUUGCAGAUGUCGCAGUUACCGCCACCGCAAAGGAUUUCGCAGGUAUCUACAGAGGCAAACAGUAUCACCAACCAGACUUCGAUGCAGUGCUCGACCGCGCGCUCGCCGCAGGCGUUGAGAAGGUGAUGCUGACGGGCAUGUCUCUUUCGGAUGCCGCAACGAACCUAUCCAUCGCAAAAUCACGCCCAGAGGGUUCAUGUUUCGUCACGAUCGGCAUCCACCCGUACCACGCAGCCGAACCGGAUACAGAACCGGAUGGCGGCGAGGACGGCCACUUUGCCAAGCUCGCGCAGACAGUCCGUGAUGUGUUAGUCCCGACGUCUGGUGGGAUCAGUCUGCUGGCCGCUUUCGGUGAGCUGGGUCUGGAUUACGACCGGCUCAAUCACGCCUCCAAGGAAGCGCAGGUCCGCACGUUCAAGCGCCAAUUAGACCUCUUCGUUGCGGAAAAACUUGAUCUGCCGCUCUUUUUGCACUGUCGUGCAGCGUAUGAUGACUUUGUGGAGGUUAUCAAGCCGUACCUCCCCAAUCUUCCCCGACGAGGACUUGUGCACUCCUUCGUGGGGAGCGCGGAGCAGAUGAAGGGGCUGGUUGAGAUGGGUUUCGACGUUAGUGUCAAUGGCUUCAGCUUCCAGGACAGGGAAAGCUUGGAGAUGGUCCGAGAAAUUCCAUUGGACCGGCUGCAGAUCGAGACAGAUGCGCCUUGGGGAGAGAUCCCUGCCGGCUCGGAGGUGGCGAAAAAGUACCUUACCAACGCCCCGAGUCUGCCCCAGAGUAAGAAGAAAGACAAGUUCGAGUUGGGCUUGAUGGUAAAGGGGCGCAAUGAGAGCUGUACGAUGGAUCGAGUUGCGUUCGUGGUUGCUGGGUUGAAGGGAAUCACCGUGGAGGAGGUGGCGGAUGCUGCAUGGAGAAAUAGCGUGAAGAUGUUUGGUUUAGGAGAAAAAUGA